CUGUCGCUCCUGGCGGAAGAUGGCGGAUCGGAGCGGCUGAGAGCGGGAGGUGGUCAGAGCCACGGGCUUCGCUCAAGACAAGCGGCGGCGUUGAGCGCACAGCGAGCCGGCACGAGGCCGGGCGAGGGGAAGGGAGCCCGUCCGAGUGGCAUGCAAUGGCCAGCUCGUCAGACAGCGAGGAUGACAGUUUCAUUGCCAUGGACACAGAAGAAGUGUUGGAUGGGACCAUGGAACAAGAUGAAGAGCCUCAUGUUGAAUUGGAAGUUGAAGAAAUGAGACAUAACCGCUCAAUGUUAGAGUUGCCUGAGGAAGUGCUGGAAUACAUCUUGUCUUUCUUGUCUCCAUAUCAGGAACACAAAACAGCUGCUCUUGUUUGUAAACAAUGGUAUCGACUCAUUAAAGGCGUGGCUCAUCAGUGUUACCAUGGUUUUAUAAAAGCUGUUCAAGGAGGAUAUAUUCAGUGGGAGAGCCGAACCUACCCCUAUCCGGGGACUCCGAUUACCCAACGCUUUUCACACAGUGCUUGUUACUAUGAUGCCAAUCAGUCCAUGUACGUCUUUGGAGGUUGUACUCAAAGCAGUUGUAAUGCAGCAUUCAAUGACCUUUGGCGGCUUGACCUCAACAGCAAAGAAUGGAUCCGACCUCUGGCAUCAGGUUCCUAUCCUUCUCCAAAGGCUGGAGCUACAUUAGUUGUGUACAAAGACCUUCUGGUGUUGUUUGGAGGCUGGACCAGGCCAAGCCCGUAUCCUCUACAUCAACCCGAGAGAUUUUUUGAUGAAAUACAUACUUACUCACCCUCAAAAAACUGGUGGAACUGUAUUGUAACAACUCAUGGACCUCCUCCAAUGGCUGGCCAUUCAUCCUCUGUAAUUGGAGAUAAAAUGAUUGUGUUUGGAGGAUCAUUAGGAUCUCGACAAAUGAGUAACGAGGUCUGGAUCCUGGACAUGGAACAAUGGGCCUGGUCCAAGCCGGUGACGUCAGGUAGCAUGCCCCAUCCAAGAGGUGGGCAGUCCCAGAUUAUUAUUGAUCAUGAAACUAUCCUGAUCCUGGGAGGCUGUGGAGGACCCAAUGCACUGUUUAAGGAUGCCUGGUUGCUACACAUGAACAGCACACCUUGGACAUGGCAACAGCUAAAAGUGGAGAAUGAGGAGCAUGGGGCGCCAGAGCUAUGGUGUCAUCCAGCCUGUAGGGUUGGACAGUGUGUGGUAGUGUUCAGCCAAGCACCCAGUGGUCGAGCCCCUCUCAGUCCCAGCUUACAUUCUCGCCCAUCUCCUAUCAGUGCCACACCACCAGCUCUUGGUGCAGAAAUGAGAGAACAUCGAUCACAGUCCCCAGUACGGAGCACCGAUGAAGUUCCAUGCGUAAAUGGACGCUGGGGUACAUUGCGGCCAAGGACGCAUAGGCCAACAACAUCUGGUUCUCGGGAAGGCAGUCUAUCUCCAGCUAAAGGAGAAAGGUCACCAGUUUUAAAUGGUGGAACAUUAUCCCCAGGAUCCUUAGCUGGCUCUUUAGACAGUCCAGUGCAGCCAGGAUCCCCUGUCACAUCAGCUGUGGUGGAGGGUUAUGAUCUUCGAGGACUUCCACAUGUCACUAGGCAAAGCACACCAGUGGAACAGAAGGUAGAUUCAGGAUUAGAUCCAUAUAGGUCUCAGGACUCUGUAAAUUGGGACUCAAAAGCCUCCUCCAGCAGCAAUCUUGGAGAAGAUGGGAAUAGGACAAGUCCAGGAACUGAGAUUAAUGUUGGGAAUGCUCCAGAGCAGACAAAUGGAAUUCACACACCACCUCACGUGGCGAGCGCUCCUCCAGGCCCAGUAUCACCAGGAGCACUCCGAAGAGGGCUAGAGGCUGUGAAGGAUUUCUUGCCACAAAGUUCAGCAUCUAUUGUUUCAGCUAGCGGAAGUACAGCUCCUUUAUCUGUAAUGCCAGGAAACCAUGGUCAAAGUUCCAACAGUACUGAUGUACCACUUCGCUCUGCACCUGCCCAGGCAGAUGGACAUACACUGCCACCAAUUGCACGCCGCUUAGGCCACCACCCACCUCAGUCUCUCAAUGUAGGAAAACCCUUGUACCAGAGCAUGAACUGCAAACCAAUGCAAAUGUAUGUGUUGGAUAUAAAGGAUGCAAAAGAAAAGGGAAAAGUCAGUUGGAAAGUAUUCAACAGUGGCUCAGUUGUAGGCCCACCAGAAACCAGCCUCCACACAGUGGUGCAAGGUCGGGGAGAGUUGAUCAUUUUUGGGGGGCUGAUGGACAAGAAACAGAAUGUGAAGUACUAUCCAAAAACCAAUGCAUUGUAUUUUGUGCGAGCUAAGAGAUAAUGCAACACCUCAAGAUGCUAGAUCCUUAACAAUGCAGCUUGGUGGGUUAAAUUGUUGACCGUUGCCCCUCGAACCAGAGAAGAAUGCAUUCCUUGAGCACAUAUGGAAGUCACGCUGGAGCAAAAUGAGUUUGUCAUGGGGCUCUGAAUGAAUACUGUGAUUUUGGACUCUUAGAUUCAGUUGAGUGUAUGCAGUGGUGCACUGCUACCUAGGGCUUACAAAUGCGUUGAAGGCAGUAACGGGGCUUUAAGUUGCACACAUAUGGUCCCUUUGCCAGACCUGCUGCUUUGAUCUAUUUUCUACAGGUUUCAGUUAACAUAAGGAUGAACUAAAAUGCUGCUCAAAUUUCGAAUCAAGUAAAUGUAACUGGUGAAAAACUUUUUGAUGUGCUCCAGGCAUAUGACGAGAUUGUUGGGCAUGUAGUUAAUUAUCUGGUGUAUCCUUUUCCCACCACUGUUCAUUGAAUUCAUGCCCUGAUUUGAUGAGGUUUGUGGUGCAGAUGUAUUUUGUAUUUGUGAUUUUUCUCCAAGUAAAACCACAGCUGUGGUGCUAUUUAUGUCAGCCUCUUUCCUGAUCACUUAAGCGUACUAUUGAUUCACAAAAUCACAGUGACAUUAAAUUCUAUGCAAUAUUUUCAUCCCCAAAACGUAGCUAUUCAGAUCUGGUUCCACUUUAUCCUUCCACUGUUCUUAAAGUUUUGUUUCUAUCCUACCUGGAUUAUUGCAGUCACUGUGUCAGUUUUCUGUCUAGUUUCCUGAGGGAAAAGGUAAGCAUAGUCUCUUUGCAUUUGACAUUGCUCAAAAGAUACUAAAUCUGGUGGUGGGUGUUUAGAAGCAGUCAACCUUCUGUACCUGACUUGGUAAUUUGAUAUCUAAAGCAUCUCGAUCCAUCCUACUCAAGGAUAUUGUUGAUUGACCAGCUAAUCUCAUUAAGUGACUUAAUGGGGUGAAUCUUUAUGGAACUUUGGAUUAUUGCCACUGAUGCUCAGCAAAUUUAAACGGACAGAGUAAGUCUGAACAAAAUAGUGGGAAGCUCAUCAGUAAUCCACAUUUGACAGUUGUGAACUUUCAGCUGAUUACAUAUCAACAGGUAUCUCUGUAUACACUUGAAAGUCCUUAAAGCUUUUGCUCUGCCAAUGUGUGCCUAAGUUCUUAAUCAAUAGAUGAAGUGUGUUUCUAUGGGAAAAGUGUUUUGGUUAAAUACAGUCAUUCUACAGGUGUAACCUGCUUCAAAGUCUCAAAUAUAAUAUGUUUCUCUGUGGCAGACAUCUGAUUGUCCAGUACUUUUAUUGGCAUCCUUGUUACAGAUACAUGGCCAUUCGUCUUUGUCCUAAAAUGUCUGGAUGGCCUGAUUUCAAAAUUGUAAAAACGCAUGACUGUUGAACCAAUUAUAUUUAACAGAAUACCCACAUUUUGGCUGCGUCUUCUCCUUAGCUGCUAGCAUCAGAUCUGAUGAUUUCACAUAUUCAGCUGUUGCAGAACUUGUACAAAGAGUUUCAAACACAAAGGUGGGGGAAGUGUGACACAUGAAGUCUGUAAACUCUUUGUUCAUUGCUUAUUUAUAGUCUCAGCAAAUAUCCUGUCUAUUGAUUUAUUUAAGAGAAAUUAAGGGCAAGUUUGUUCCUUUCUGCCAGUUUCUGUCAGAGUAUAUUUUCACAUGAUGUGGAUUUAUUUUACUGCAGUUUUUACUUUUCUGUCCCUUAGUCUUGUACUUAAAAGAUGAAAAAGUGAACCAGUUUCCAUACUGACCAUCUAGCUUACAGGUCAUGUCAGUCCAAGCAUCUCUAUUUUCCUAGGAUCAAAAGAAUGUUAAAUUUUCAUUACUACAUUCAGGACCUACAUUGUGUUGAGAGGUGCUUGCUUGGAAUAGCUAAACCUAUUUCAUAAAAGUCUUUCACAGUCAUCAGAUUUUGGGAAGACUAACUUCAUAUUAAGUUUUAAGGUUGAAGUGAUUGAGUGAUACACAGACUCAAUCUUCCUCCACAUUUAUUGCAAAACGUACGGUUUAGUAUUCAAAAGAAGUAACAAAUUGCACUUAAAUUGCUCAGAAUUUACUGUAAGACUUCAUAUCAGAAAAAAAUACUUUUGAAAUUCAGUUGUAAUGUAAGGAAAGAUAAUUUGCACAGAACAAAGUCCCAUAAUUUUAUAAUUGAGCCAAGUCACCAAUUACUUUUUGUAGUUAUUCGGGGAUGAAUGUUGGUCUGAACACUGAGAAAUGUCACCUUGGAAUAGUGCUGUGGAAUCUUUACUAUGCACCUAAAAAGGCAGAUCUGGUCUUGCAGCCCUGCUAGAGUAUGCAUUACUGCAUACUGCGGCACAGUGUUUAGCGCUGUUGCCUCACAGCGCCAGAGACCCAGGUUCAAUUCCCGCCUCAGGUGACUCUCUGUGUGGAGUUUGCACAUUCUCCCCAGGUCUGCGUGGGUUUCCUCCGGGUGCUCCAGUUUCCUCCAACAAUCCAAAAAUGUGCAGGUUAGGUGAAUUGGCCAUGCUAAAUUGCCUGUAGUGUUAGGUGAAGACGUAAAUGUAGUGGAAUGGGUCUGGGUGGAUUGCGCGUCAGUGGGUCAGUGUGGACUUGUUGGGCAGAAGGGCCUGUUUCCACAUUGUAAGUAAGUAAUCUAAUCUCCCAAGUAAUAACAAAACCUAUUUUGUUUUGUUAUUACUUUAUAACAAGACCUGAUUAAAUGACAGGCUUAGAAUGUUCAGUGUGCUGGGAGCUGAGACCGUGCAUUUUGUUUAUUGUUGUUAUGUAUUUUGUGCUUCAGAGGGGUUUAUGCAGUGUUAGCAAUGAUAAAAUUCUGGGGAAUGGAAAUAUAAUUUCAAAAUGUUCCUUCCUGUUUGUAUUUAUUUCUGGAUUGCCAAACAGUUGGGUGGUUCCUGGUAGCAACAAGUUGUUAACUCUUCAGUAUGAAUGAAGGAAAUUUGUUUUGUGUUCAAUUUUCUCACACCCUUGGAGGCUUUUGUCUUGUCUAUACUGAAUGACUUUUUUUCUUGCUCAGAGCUGCAGCUGGCUAUUUGAGUAGAAAGUCUGCACUUCCUAUGGGCAAACUAUUGCUUCAUUUUCCUUGUAGAACGUUUGUGUGUGUGAAUUGUAAAAUUAAUCUGGAAGGAGGGAAUCUGGGAUUGCAGCAAACUGAGCCAGAGCAGGUUUCUGACAAAGCCAGGUCAUGAGGUUUGAUUCGCAAACGGUCUACUGCUACCACCUACAGAAAUAUAAAGAUACAAACUUUUUUUUAAUGCAGCAGUGGGAAAUCUUAUACAAUACUAGAUUUUUAAACUGUACUGCUGCUGCAAUCAGCUAUAGAUCUGACUCUUUUUGUUUUCCUAGCUGCUUCAUUUACAUCUAGCAAUAUCUUCAAUGCUGAAACAAGAGCAAGGCGCUCCAGAUUCUGAAAAUCUAAAAUACAGUAAUUGCUGGAAAUGCUUGGCAAAUCUACAGCAUCUGUGGAGAGAAGCAGAAUUAAGUAUUCAGGUUCAUGACUUUUCAUCAAAAUGCUGUCUAGUUUUUUUCCAGUAGUUUAAUUAAUUUGCCGAGCUUGAGAUUCCCUCCUCUUUGCCCCUUGCCCUCCCUCCACAUAUUGGCGGACACUAGAGCAAAGCCUAGGUAGAAGCCUGACACAUGGAUUAUUUUUUACAAAAUGGCAUACAUUUUAAAACAACAAUUGAUGUUGUAUACUCUUGUAUUAAGAUUCCAAAUUUGAAAUCUGAGUUUUUUCAGUGGAAGGAGAAAAUUGAAAAAUUAUCUGAACAAUUUAUAACAACAAUUUCAUGAGAAUCACUGGAGUUUUGUAGACCAUGCUUUUAUUCUGAAAUUACUGUUGUCGUGAAUGCAGAUAAUUGAACCAGUUUUGGGAAGUUGUACUUAAACCAGGUUUCUCCCCUUAAGAAUAACUUCUGUUUAUAUCAGAACCUUCUGCUCUAAUACAGUGGUCUUGUGUGAACUCUGCACAGCAUUCCUACACAGAUGCAACAAUAGUUUGUUAAUGGGCUGAGCAGGUGUGUUGCCUGAGUCCAUGAUUUAGAGUGCAAUGGAGGUGUUUUGUAAAACUGAAC